GGCAACACUGCCACUUAUCGAUAGGCAAACAAAACAAAUUUUGCAGCCGCAACAAGUUGAUUUGAUUUAAAAUAAUUCACUCGCAGAUAUGUCGCUCUCCCGGCUGAAUACGUUAAUGAAGCUGGCUCCUAGUACGGCCGCAGUCCGUGCCACCGUGCAAAUGCAGACCAAGCGGAACAUGACAGCCCAUGCGGAGCCGGGACACCAGUCUGGCCAGUUCAAGACGCUGGCCGUUAGCUCACCCAAGCCGUUCGUCUUCCAUGUCGAGCUGCACAGGCCCACCAAGUUCAAUGCCAUCAACAAGCAAAUGUGGCAAGAGAUCAAGGACUGCUUCGAGGGACUGGCCAUUAAUCCAGAUUGUCGGGCUAUCGUGGUGUCCGCCGCCGGCAAGCACUUCACCGCCGGCAUCGAUCUCAACGACAUGAUGGGUGUGGGCAUGCAGCUGGCCGAGGUCGAUGACGUUGGGCGCAAGGGCGUCAUUUUGGAGGGCAUGAUCAAGCUGUACCAGGACUCAAUGAGCAGCCUGGAGCGCUGCCCCAAGCCCGUCAUCACAGCCGUGCACAAGGCAUGUAUUGGCGCUGGUGUUGAUCUGAUAACCGCAUCGGACAUUCGCUACUGCACCGAGGACGCAUUCUUCCAGGUCACCGAGGUGGAAAUCGGCAUGGCCGCCGACGUGGGCACGCUACAGCGACUGCCCAAGGCGGUGGGCAGCCAAUCGCUGGCCCGUGAGCUUUGCUACACCGGCCGUCGCUUUGAGGCAGCGGAAGCCCACGCCUCUGGCCUGGUAAGCCGCGUCUUCCCGGACAAGGAAUCCCUGCUGAGCGGAGCUGUAUCUCUCGCCGAGACCAUUGCCAGCAAGAGCCCGAUUGCCGUGCGAACGACCAAGGAGAGCAUGGUCUAUUCCUUGGAGCACACAAAUCAAGAGGGAUUGGAUCACAUUCGCCUGCUUAACAAACUGAACCUGCAGUCGGAGGACUUUGCCCAGGCUGUGGCCGCCCAGUUGACCAAGGACGAGAAGCCCGUGUUCGCCAAGCUGUGAUCCAUCCGAUUCAAAUCAUUCACUGUAUUUGCCAUUAAUAAACGAGCCAACUUUAAGACAGGA